GGGAGUGAGGUUGUGGUUGUGGCUAGCUUGAUAGCAUCGCCUUUUUCAAGGCGGGCCUUCACAGAAAAACUUGAAAUAAUAAAAAACGGAAGACCAACUCCAGAGCUGGAAUUAAAAGAAAAGGUUAAGAAAGUGGAAAGGCAUUUCAAGACCGAAAAUUAUCAGCGGUAUCCAUGGAUGACUGGCUUUGUUUGGAGUUGUUUACUUUUUACAACUGACAAGUCAUCCACCUGGGUCAGCGGCGGAUUUGUCAGCCUUACAAAUCUGACAAAGUCAGCCCAUCGACAUCAAGAUUCUGCGGCACACCUGCAAGCGAUGGUCAAUUUGAAAACUUUUGGGGACACAAGAAUUGAUCUUCAGCUAGAUGAGCAGCGCCGGAAUCAUACUACGGCCCACAACAACAAGGUCAGGCAGAACAGAGAAAUCCUGAAACGUCUCAUCAAUGUUGUCACAUUUCUUGGAAAGCAAGAGCUGGCAUUUCGAGGACAUGAUGAGAGUAAAGAUUCUGAAAACUCUUGGAGCUCUUUGAAUUCAUUGUUGACAACCACAAUGAUUUUGAUGCUGAACACAGCGCUGAUGGAUACACUGCACUGCUGACGGACUUCGAGUUCUGCUUUCUCUUCGCCACAUUCAACUCCGUGUUUGCCUACUCCGACGUGCUCUUUGGGAUCUUGCAGAAUAAGGAGUGUGACAUGCAGUUCUGUUUGUCCAGCAUCGAGGACUUUUGCAGCACCACAGAGAGAGAAAAGGCAAAAUUUGACUCCAUCUAUGAGGACACUGUGCGUGAAGUUGGGGUUCCCUGCGGGCGCAGGGCACGGAGAGUCGGAGAUGUGCGCGCAGCGUACCAGUGGCUGCACAGUGAAAUCCUGGACAACAUCCUCACUCAGCUGAGGAACAGGUUCAAGGAUCAUGAAAAACUCAUGUUCCUUGCCCUUCUGGACCCCAAGAAGUUUACCUCAUACAGAGAAAACUUCCCCAGCUCUGAGUUCCAGAGCCUCACGGAAAGCUACGGGCUGCAUUUUGACCUCCCCAGGCUCAAGACUGAACUGACGGUCAUGUACAACAUGGCAAACUUUGAGGCAAGGAGCCCACCAGACCUGCUGCACUUUCUGACUCUUAAAGAGCUGACUGAGAGCAUGCCGCAGCUGUAUCACCUCACCUGCCUGGUGCUGACCAUUCCCGUGUCCACCUCCUCCGUGGAGCAGUCUUUCUCGGCUCUGAAGCGCAUCAAGACGCACGCUAGGAACAGUACUGGACAGGACCGCCUGGGAGCUUUGGCACUGAUGUCCAUAGAGAAAGGACUUCUUUUGGAGCUCAAAUCAAAGGACAAACUUUAUGACGCCGCCAUCGCCCACUUCACAAAGAGAGACCGACGAAUGGACUUUGUGUUUAUUUAAGUGAAGGCCCAGCUGUAGUGCUCACGGUUCGCCACUGCCAUCAGGUAGUGUUGAUGCCAUGGGGGGUGGUCUUGGGUCGUCGGCCGUGGCAUUUGGUUGGGUGAUUCAUGUCAACCAUAUGAACACCAGGACCAGGUGUUUCAAUCCUCUUUUGUCAGCACCAUCAGACCUGCUGCUCACCACUGCUAGUUACAGCUGCCAGGAAGUCAUCGGCUUCUAACAGGCAAGUAUAUACAGUAUAUAGAAUUAGAGGUAGGAACUUCUUUACUUCUGAGCUGUGAUUAAGGUGUUUGCGAGAUGCAUUUUCAAUGCAGAUAGAGUCCCUACAAAGGCAAGACUCAAACUCUGAUGAUCUUUAUUGUG